GGUGACGUAGCGCGGGGCGGUGCGCGCGCGGCAGCGAUGCCGAAGCGCCGCUGCCCCUUCGCGGAGGCGGCCGCGCCGCAGCGCAAGACGCGCGUGGGGCUGCGCGAGAUGAGCCGCGGGGUCGCGGGCGACACGUACCGGCGCCAGGUCUACGAGCGGACGCGGCAGCUGCUGUUCCGCGGCGCCCAGGCCUGCCCCGAGCGCGCCGCCCGCCCGGACCCGCCGCCGCCGCCGCACCCGGCUCUGCUGGACCCGACGGGCGAGCCCGAGAGCGCGGGACAGAUGCUGCUGGGCCCCGACGGGAGGCUGCUGCGCCGCCCGGCCCGCGACCGCGCCAAACCACCCUGUACCAAUCCAUCAUCAAAUCUUCAUAAACCUUCUGUCAGCCCUGAUGCGACACAGAUCAAACAGCUUGGCCUGCACAGGCGUGAAGCAGAAGCCAGAAGAGAAGAAAGCCUGGAGAUGCUGCUGCUGCUGCAGCUGGAGCAUCAGAGGGCAGAGCAACCAGCCCCACCCAUGGGAGUUUCCAAAGCCUGCUCCUCGUGCAUACGGACCGUAGACAUCAAAGAAGUUUGCACGCAGUGUGAUCACUUGAUAUGUCAGCAUUGCAGCAAACUCUGCAGUUGCUGUAACACUGUCAUUUGUUCCAUGUGUUGCACCAUCGAUUACAGUGAUGUUGGUGAUCAAGUUCUCUGCAGUGGUUGCUCAAUGUUUGAAGUCUAAAUUUUAAUGAUCUGCCAGUACCUCUUUGCGACUAAGAUGUCUCUAUAAAUUCUAUGAAGAAUCAUCUUUUUAUAGCUGAAUAACUAGCACUUCUAGUGGAUGGAGUUAACAAUGAGGUUGAUGUGUAUUGUAUGUUUAUAUUGUAUUUUUAUACCAUAGCUAAAUAAACUUUUUUUAUAUUUUGAUGAGA